AUGGAAAUUGGGGAGGGAGAUACGAUACUUUUUUGGCACCAUUGGUGGAUUGGAGACAAGAGCCUCUCGGUGAUGUUCCCUAGAUUAUUUUAUCUUAGCAACAACCAAAGAGGCACCAUCAAGAGCAUGGGAGAUUGGGUCGACGAGAAGUGCGAAUGGAAGCUCUCCUGGAACCGUGAACUGUCGGGAAGAGACCUUGAACAGGCCAACACUUUGCAUUCUCUCAUCAACAGAGCUCGUGCAAAUGCUGCUGCCAAAGAUGGUUGGAGAUGGAAACCGUCUCCCAAUGGUUGUUUCUCCGUCAAAACGGCGUACAAGGUUCUAUGCUCUGAGAAAAAUCCUACAGUCCAUCCUCACGAAGACAACAUCUGGUCGCUGAUUUGGAAGGCUGCAGUCCCAUUCAAGACUAGAACCACAGCUUGGCGGAUUUUGAAAGGAAGACUGCCUACAUGCGAUGAACUCCAAAAACGUCAGGUCAGUUUUCAAAAUGCAGAUAUUUUGUGUGGCUUCUGCAAAGUGAAAGAUGAAACCAUUAAUCAUACAUUUUUUGAGUGCUUUAAAGCCGAUGAAGUUUGGAAAGAAAUUUUGCGGUGGAUUGGCAAACAGACAACAAUGAAUCAUAAGGCUAAGGAGCAUCUGUUGGCCUUUAUAAAUCUUGGAAACAAGGAUGACAGCCAUUUUCUUCUUGUGGUUUGGUUAUGCACGAUUUGGUGCAUCUGGAAAGAGAGGAAUGUUUGUAAGUUCAACCAAGGCGUGUGGAGGAAAGAGAAGUUGGUUGCGGAGAUCAAAACAAGGAUUUGGGGGUGGAUGGAGGCUUUCAAAAUGCAGCGUAUCACUUCAGAUUUUAGGCGAUGGUUUACAGAGGCAAAAUUACAUGGUUAG